AUGCCCUUGCGACGAUCCGCACCGACAACAGGCGCCCCGGCUUCGGCUUCCCGCUUUCUGUCCACGGCCUGGGCCGUUCUCUUCGUUCUCCUUGCCAUCCUCCCCGCCUGUCGCGCCGCCUAUGACGGCGAUGUUGCGCUCAGCGGUGGCCGCGAUGCCUUUUUGGCCGAACCCGGCUUUGCCGGCAUGGGCUUGUCGCCGCGCUACUUUCUUGACGGCGUCGCGCCGACCGUCGAGCGCCGCGACAACGCCGGCUGCGCAGCCGGCUUCCACUCGUGCCUCGACAUCAACUCGACGCUUUGCUGCGCAAACGACCGCUACUGCAUCAUCGAUCCGACUACGCUCCAGGCCGCCUGCUGCUCCAUCGGCCUGACCUGCGGCUCGCCUUGCAACGAAACUCAGUACGAGUGCAAUGCCACCACGACCAAGACACUGACCCAGACCAAGACCGACCUUGUUGUGUCGGGAACGGCCACUCUGCCGCUCACCAAUCCUGCGACGAACGUCGUCACCGGCGCCAACACCGUCAUUACCAAGAUCACCACGGUCAUCACCACCACCUCCGUCUACUCCGCCUGCUGCGCCCGUCGCUGCCAGGGCACCAGCCAGUUCCAGUGCGCCAGCAGCUUUGGCGGCGGCUGUUGCAACUACGACCAGACCUGCGCCUCCAAUAGCCAGUGCUUCUCGACGAGCCAGCCACCUUCCAGGACGCAAACGGGCGCCACCGCCACCGACACAUCUGGCCUUGUGUCCGCCCUGCCCAGCGGCUGCACCACGAGCCAGAUCGCUUGCCCCCAAAGCCUGGGUGGUGGCUGCUGCGCGCUCGGUCAUACCUGCACCGUCGUGUCCAGCACCAUCUUUUGCGCGUCCGCCACUGGCGCGACCACUUCGGGCCUGACGACAACCGACACCAGCAGCAAGAGCCUGUCGGCCGGCGCCAAGGCGGGCAUUGCCGUGGGCGCCGUGAUUGGUGCGGCCGCGCUCGCCGGUGCGGCCGCUUGGGCCUGCGUGCGUCACCGCAAUGCCAAGCGCGGCAGCGUCCGCCGCGACUCGUCCCUGCCGCCCGCCUCCUUUGGCACCCACGAUUAUGACGACCUGCAGAGCCAGCCGCACAACGAACCGCAGAUGCACCAGCCGCAGCUGCGCCAGCAGGGCAUGAUUGACGGCCUGGGCGGCAUGUCGGCUGCUGCCAGCUCGCCCGCCACGCGGUCCUGGCGCCAUCCUCUCGCCUUCCGGCGCAACACCGCCAGCACAGGCGUCGGCGGCAGCGCAGCUGCGUAUAGCAACAGUGGCGACGGAGCAGCAGCAGAUGGAACGGGCAUGGGUACGCCGGCCAUGCCCACGGGGUCCGAAGCGGAUGCACGGCUCCCCGGAUUGACCCAGGACUACUUUGGCCCCAAUGCUGUUCCCGGCCCGUACACUGUGGCCCAGUCAGCCGUUGCGCCAGGCAACAAUGGUGUUGUGGGUGGCGUGCCGAUGCAACCGCAAGGCCCGCACGAUAUUGUGGCGCCUGUUGAGAUUGAUUCGCGGCAACGGGCCGUGGCCGAGAUGGGCGCGGAGAACAAUAUCGGGCGGAACGACAAUGGUGGCAAUGGUGACAAUGAAAAGGAUGCUGCCGCUGUGCAAGCAGCGCCGUACGUUGCCGUCUCGCCACCACCACCAGCAGCAGCCGAGCCUACGUCGCACUAUGAACUCUAUGGCUCCGAGGUGCCGACACCGUACACCCAGCAGACUGUUUCGCCAAACGAGCGGCCAGGCGACAGCAGCGCAGUGACACCGAUUGCCGAGGGAGGUGAUCAGGGCGAGCUGGUCGUGUCACCAAUGGAGAAUGCCAACCAGCCAGGCGGUGGUCCGAGGUUAGAAUGA